GCAGGGCAGACCGCUCUGUAUCUGGCUGCAGAUGGAGCUCAUGAGGACUGUGUACAAACCCUGCUGGAGGCACAGUGUGACCCAAACAUCUACACCUUAGUAUGUACUGAGUAUGUACAGAGAGCAGAAGCAGUCCUCUGCAUCCAGUCUGUGAGAGGGGCCACUUUCCUAUUGUCAAACUCCUCAUCAAUAGUGGAGCCCAAAUGAACGCUCAGAACCAGCAUUUGCACACUCCAUUUCAUCUGGCGGUGAAGAACUGUCAUAUUCCAGUAAUCCACACCUUACUUGAGGCUGGCUGUGAUCCAAACAUAAAGGAUCAAAUGGGGCAGACUGCACUCCAUAUCGCGGCUGAGAUGGGAAAGGUGGAUGUGGUGGAGAUGAUUCUGAAAGCUGGGGUGGAUCUGGAGAUUCAGGACAGGCAAAAGAAAACGGCUCUUGGAGUGGCGGCGAGGGGAAAUAUUGUGAUUAUUGUGGACAUGAUCAUCAAAGCUGAGAGAUAUUUCAGAUGGAAGCAUGAUUUCCAAAUGACUAAUACAGAUGCUAUUGAGAGCCUUCACAACGAAUCACCACUGACGUUUAAAUUAGAUCACACUCCUGACACGAAGCCGGUGCGCGAUGUAAUAUGGGACCUCGCAUACAAACACCUCAAGCGCAAUGACUGGAAGAAGUUGGCAGAGUUCUGGGAGUUCACAGUUGAUCAGGUGGCUGCCAUCGAGGAGCAGUGGACAGGUCCCAACAGUUUCCAGGAGCAUGGGAACAGGAUGCUUCUGAUCUGGCUUCAUGGAAUCAUGACAGAAGGGAGCAGCCCAGCCAAAGGCCUGUAUGAGGCACUGCUUUCUGUUGGGAUUACAAAGAUUGCUGAUAAAAUAAGAAUGGAAGGAACAAACACUGAUGCACGGAAAUGCACAGUUUCCUGAAUUCAAGAUGCUUACAAAGACUGCUAUGAACUAAAAACAGCACUUUAAUUUUUAAUUGAUCCAACAAUUUAGUACUGCCUGUGGAUUAAGG